AUGUUGGCUUCGCCAGGUCAUUCCCCGCGCCACAUCAGCUCGCCUCCUCCCGCUUCCGAGCCUCCGUCGCCUCCUUCCGCUUCUAAGGACUCCCCUCCUGCAAAAGCCGCUUCAGCCAAAUCAUUACCGCUUACAGCCGCACUUACUACCUCUGGUAUUCUCACUCCUUCCGCCACCCCUCGGCGCGGGGAGCGCAUGGGUCCUCCUCCCGCGAAGCGUCCGCGUCCCCGCCGCGCGCCCGUUGUUCUUGACGAGGACACUUAUAUCGAAGCAAUCGAGAGGAUCGUUCAGCGGGAUUACUUUCCGGAUCUCCCGCGGCUGCAGAACCGGCUAGAGUGGUUGGAAGCGGUGCGAUCCGGUGAUCCUGUGCUGAUUCGCGAGGCGCAGGUGAAUAUUGUACGAAGACGCGCGGAAGCUUCUGUUGCUGCUGGUGGAGGAUCGAGCCGCGGGAGCGAGGGACGGAGUGACUUACGUAGUGGAUUAAGGAGCGGUAGAGGCGGCUCCUCCCUAUCGACUCCCGCGCUUUCCGCGGGCGCGCCUAGCCCCGCGCCUAGCCUUUUAUCCGAAGGCUAUCUAAGGACGACGGAAUGGGAUAGAGACGAGGAGAGACUAACAGGACGGAGGAUAGGUAGCAGGGGGAGAGUAGAGGGUGAGGCAGCAGCAGCAGUAGCGGCGGCGGUGGCGGCUGCGGCGGCGGGGAUGGAAGGAGACGGGGGGAUGGGAGAGGGGGAGGGGGGCGGAGGACCCGAUACAAGCCUGUCGCUUGACGAAUUCGUUAAGAGGUACACUAGCGAGGAUAACGCUUCGUUUGUGGAGAUUAAGGAGAAGGAUAAUCGCCGGCGCAUGGCUAAGGUAGCGCAUUUGCUGGCUUUGGAACAAGGCCCAGGGGGGGGAGCGGAAGGGGGAAAAGGUGGGGAAGGCGGGGCAGGGGUGAAGCAGUUGACUGGCUCAGGAGAAGCGGUGAAGCUAAUAACGGGGACGGGUGAGAACGAGGAUCGGAAAACGGACGGGUUUGGGUCGACGGGGCAACCGACUAGUACACUGGAAACGUGGAAAUACACUGCGCGUAAUGCGUUUAUGUAUCCACCUGCUUGUAGAAAGGAUGCUCCGUUCUCCAUGCGAGAAAAGGAGCUUCGAUCAGCAGGGCCGCCUAAGGAAGUCCAUAAAUCAAACACGAGGUUUCAGGGGAGUGUUACGGGUGGUGGUAACCAGACGGCGCAGCAGCAGAAGCAGCCGCCAGAGGAAAUAGCUGCGGCACUGUUCACGCCGUUACCGGGGGGAACCCCUUUGCCUUACAUAGACCCUUCGGGGGAACGCGAUGGGAGAAAGAGAUACGAUUUGGAGGAUCUGAGGAGAACACCUGUAGGAGCGGGGAUAGCAGGAGGAGCAGGAGGAGGAGGAGGAGGAGGGGCAGGAGGGGCAGGAGGAGUGGGAAGAGGAGGAGACGGGAGAGGUCAGCAGCAGUCAGAAUACGACUAUGUAGCCACCCCGUCUCCUGCUCCCGGCGUUGAUGCCUCCCCUUUCAUGACCUGGGGAGAGCUAGACGGCACGCCGCUGCGUUUAGACGCAGAGGACACUCCAGUGGGGUUCAAUGAGGUGGGAGGGGUGGGUGCUGGGGGGCCGCAAUUCACCAUGGCUGCUGCGCCGGCGCGGGAUGAAGCAGGGGUUCAGCUGUCUAGGUCCGCGGGAAGGAGCAUUCGAGAGAGGAGGCUUCGAGCUGCUGGGUUGACACCAGUGCGAGGGGUUGGAGGAGGGGGAGGGGGAGGGGGAGGGGGAGGAGGCGGAGGAGGGAGAGGAGGGAUGAUGUCCCCUUUUGCGUCUCCUGGUCUGAAAGGCACCCCUGGCGCUUCUGCUGCUGGGAUGGGCGCGUGGGGUGGGCAGAGUCCGUUGGUCAGCGGAGGAGGGGGGGUAGGAGGGCCGUCGGGAGGAGGGUUGUCGGCAGCAGCACAGAAGCUGGUGUCUCGGGCGAUGAAGCGGAGUAAAGUGAUUGUGGAUCCGAAGCUCAGAGCCAGUUACUCGGCUUCUCCUGCCGGGAAGAGAGGGGGUUUGGGCACGCCUGGGUCUGCUGUUGCUGGUGGUGUUGACUCGCCUGUUGUGAUUCGGUCGCUGAGGGGGACUGUUCUGAAUCCGAUUGCUGCCACGCCGCCACCAUCAGUGCUGCAUAAGAAAUGA